AUGCGUUCAUUUAAAUGUUAUGGUAUAUUAAAUGUUAUUAACAGAAAAGAAGAUAAUUUAAUUUUUGAUUUGAUAAAGUAUGAGUUUGAUGAAAGUGAAUCAGAUAAUAGUAGUGAAAGUAGAUCAGAUGUUAAUAAUAUUAGUGAAUUAGAUGAUAUUAUUAUAGAAUUUAAUGUAAUUCAAGAUUAG